AUGGCCUUCCCACGACCAAUUCUUCUGUCGGACGUCGCAGCCACUCAACUCCAUGGAUUUUGCGACGCCAGCGAGAUUGGCUAUGGAGCGUGCAUUUAUCUGCGAUCCAGCAAUGCCAACGGCCAAAUUCAAUCCAGAUUGUUGUGUGCAAAAUCUCGUGUAGCUCCUCUCAAGUCAAUCACCUUACCACGCCUCGAGCUCUGCGGCGCACAAUUAUUAGUCAAAUUGUAUGCCACCGUUCUUAAUUCAAUUCACGUGAGAAUUGACCAAACCAUAUUCUGGACCGAUUCAACGAUCACCCUCCAUUGGAUCAACUCUUCCCCACACUUGCUGAAAGCAUUUGUAGCGAAUCGAGUUUCCGAUAUCCAAACGAAGACAUCGAGCAAUAUGUGGAGACACGUGCUGUCUAAGGACAAUCCUGCCGAUGCUUUAUCACGCGGUCAACUACCCGUUGAGUUUAUCCAAAACUCCGUUUGGAAACACGGUCCAAGUUGGCUAUCGCAAAACGAAUCUUUCUGGCCUCAGCUCAAACUCCCUUCCUUGGACAUGCUACCGGAAAUCAGAAGCAAAACAUGUCUACUCACAACGACAGCAGCUUCGUGUGAGAUACUGCAGCGGUAUUCAUCGAUCACCAAAUUGCAACGAAUCGUUGCAUACUGCCUUCGAUUCAAACCGGACAACCGCUUCAAGGGACCUGUGUCAGCCGAGGAAUUGAACACCGCCAACAAAACCAUACUCCGUUUGACACAACGAGAAUGCUUCGCCGAAGAGAUGCAAGAUUUAUCUCAAGGUCGCAGGGUUCACCGCAAGAGCAAACUCAACACGCUCGACCCAUUCCUCGACCGAGACGGCAUCAUACGAGUGGGAGGACGUUUGAAGCAUUCAGACAUCCCAUACUCCCAACGACAUCCGAUCGUGCUUCCCAAAUCGCACCAUUUGACAACGCUCAUUUUGCGAAACGAACAUUUACGCAGCAUGCACGCUGGUGUCCAAGCCACGCUGUACAGUACCCGACAACGAUACUGGCCCCUCGAUGGCAGAAACCAAACAAGGAAGGUCAUCCGCCAGUGCAUCAAAUGCUUCCGUGCAAAUCCACCAAACACAGAAUGCAUGAUGGGAGAUCUGCCAAAAGCUCGCGUCAACGAAGAUCGACCAUUCAACAACGUCGGGGUCGACUACUGCGGUCCUUUCUUCGUCAAGGAGAAGAAGUUCCGUAACAGAAACCGAAUCAAGGUCUACGUCGCUGUCUUUGUAUGCCUCGCUGUGAAGGCAGUACACCUGGAGCUAGUCAGCGACAUGACCACCGAUGGCUUCCUGGCAGCCUUACGUCGAUUCACUGCUCGACGAGGGAAAUGUCAUGCCAUCUAUUCCGAUAACGGAACGAACUUCGUUGGAGCAAAUAGAGAGCUCAAAGAAAUUCAUCAACUGCUGAGUUCACAGGAUCAUCAACGCAAAGUGGAUGCCUACUUGACCAACGAAGGGAUCAACUGGCAUUUCAUUCCGCCAAGGUCACCAAACUUCGGAGGUUUGUGGGAAGCGGCAGUGAAGUCGUUCAAACACCACAUGAGACGAGUGAUAGCCAACGAAUUGCUGACUUUCGAAGAACUCAACACCUUCAUCAUCGAAAUCGAAGCAAUUCUCAACUCAAGGCCUCUCACUCCAUUGUCUUCGGAUCCGAACGAUCUUUGUGCUCUAACUCCAGGACAUUUCUUAAUCGGCAGCGCACUCAACACAUUACCGGAGGUCGACUUCACAACCACUCCAUCGAACAAACUCUCCAUCUGGCAACAUCUCCAGAAACUCAAGCGUGAUUUUUGGGCGAGAUGGUAUAAGGAAUACCUCAAUGAGCUAAACAUUCGCCACAAGUGGACCAGCGGCAGCCAUGACAUCAAGAUGGGAACGCUCGUUCUCGUUAAAGAGGACAACCUACCACCCAUGCAUGAUUCAACACCAAAUGCUGUUAGGCACAUCCAAGACAUUAGAGAUCCGCCUCCGUUUACUUUACAUGUCGUGGUUUGA